GUAAAUUCAACGACUGCAAUGGAAUAAUACCCAGCUCCCAGGAAUUUCCAUUGAGGACCUUGCGAUAAUAUUCGACGCAUGUUCGCUCCCUCUUCACCCUAUACCAAUCGAUUCAGGCCACGGGACCAACCAUGGCCGAUUCUAAACCUCGAGGCUCUAGUGAGCCGUAUAAAUCAAAGAAUCCAAAAUAUGUCGACCUGAUUAGCCGUGGCGUCAGAGGACCUUCACCAGCAGGCACCCUCACCUUCAUCGGCUUACGCACCCUCGACAUCCCUCUUCAGUAUGCCCUCCUCGGCAGAGGACUGGGGGCAUCACUACUCAUGAAACUGGGCCUGACGCCGAUUUCCGCGCAACCUGCUUUCCGGACCGGCUUCACCGCAAUCGAUUCCUUGGGUUUGCCGCUCCCGCAACUGAUCAUGCUCCUGAUGACCGUAGGCGGCGCGAUGCGGCAUUAUUACUGGAUCGGGUUCCUCUCGAAUGAGAAGUUCGCAGUGAAGUCUGCUCUAGCUAUGACCGUGUACACUUCCUUGAUGAACGUUAUCGGCUCCAUUCUAAUCACUUCGGCUGCGACCUCGAGUAUCAAUUCUACCUGGCGCAUUCCCCGAAUCGACCUCCCCGCAUCGAUCGUCAUCGGUUUCGCCGGAUUUCUUCUCGGCACCUUAUUCGAGACCGGCUCCGACCAUCAGAGGAAGGUGUUCAAGGACAAGCCGGAGAAUCAGGGCAAGGUCUGCACGGUUGGGUUCUGGAAGUAUGCUAGGCAUAUAAAUUAUGGGGGAUACGUCCUCUGGAGAUCGGCUUAUGUCCUCGCGGCAACCGGUUGGAUUGGAGCUCUGGCAACGGCGGCAGUCCAUGGGAGUGAUUUAGGGACAAGGGGAGUUGCGACGAUGGAUGAGUACAUGUCGUUCCGAUAUGGAGAGCAGUGGAGACAGUAUAAGGCGAAAGUGACAUACAAACUGUUCCCUGGAGUCUACUGAACUGGCAGUUGGCGUAUCAUUUAUUAAGUAUUGCCAAAUGCCGACUUGAAACAACUGAUAUAUUAACAUAUCCACUCAUAUCCUUCGCGCUACUCCGGAAAUACGUCAUAUAAUUAUUGC